AUGGCCUUUAAGUGGAGUAUAAUGCAAGAAGUCGUGGAAGCCACCUCCAUCCACAGCUUCAAGGCCAUAUAUGACCAAGAACUUGAACGUCAAGAAAGUAAACCAAAAAUCGCACCGCGUAUGGUGGCGCUGUUCCGGACGGUGGUGGGCGUGAGCGUGGUGAGCGGUCUGCUGGUAGUGCUGCUCUGGUCGGAGCAGCAGGUGGGGGUCAAGACCCCCGCCCACAUUCACUUCCAAGCCCACGCCCGUGGCAUCCCCGAGGGCGGGCCCAGUCUUCCCCAGGGCCAUCAUACAGACACCAGCUUCCCAGUGUCCGAGAAGCUGAAGGUUCCUGGUCUUGGCCCAUACAAUGUCACUUUCCUGGGCAACACAACUGCCGUAACGUCAACUGUGGCGGGGGCGGCGACCCCGGCAGGACAGCCGGCCACCGCCCCGACCAGCCACGCCCCCUCCUCUCCCGGCGUCAACUCCAGCCACAAGUUAGUUUUUACCAUCGACCAGGGCGUCCCCCGCCCCGCCACGCCCAAGAUCUACGUCAUCACGCCCACAUAUCGACGACCUGAGCAGGUGGCGGAGUUGACACGACUAGCGCAGACGCUUAUGCUGGUGCCUAACCUGCACUGGUUGGUGGUGGAGGACGCCAUUGCCCCCACCAGGAGGGUACUGGCCUUCCUCGACUCCUGCAGCGUCCCUCACACCUACCUUCUGGGCACGGCGUCACGAAGGUACAAAGGCGCCAACAAACCUCGGGGCGUCAGCAACCGCAACGCUGGCCUCAAGUGGCUUAAAGGACACGUUAAGGAAGGCGUCAUCUACUUCGCCGACGACGACAACACUUACGAUUACCGCAUCUUUCAAGAGAUCCGCGCCACGAAGCAGGUGUCCAUGUUCCCCGUGGGUCUGGUCACGCGGCUGGGGGUGUCCUCGCCCAUAGUGUCCGGUGGCAAGCUCAUCGGCUUCUACGACGGCUGGAUCGCCGGCAGAAAGUUUCCCGUCGACAUGGCCGGCUUCGCAGUCAAUGUUCAGUUCUAUCUUAAGAGAAAUGCUCCUUUGAUGCCAUACAACGUGGGAUUCGAAGAGGACGGCUUCCUUAAGGCCCUGAAGAUCAAGCCUGAGGACAUAGAACCUCUUGCUAACAACUGUACCAAGAUUCUCGUCUGGCACACCCGGACGGUGAAGAGCCUACCGGCCUUAAAGAUGCCUGAUUCUGAUAAGGUUACCAAAACCAAUCUUAACCAUCUCAAAUCUCAAAUGGUCUUUCAACUGCCUUAUGGACUAUCUUAGUUACUCUAAUACCCCAACUAUGGGUAUUAUAUACAUAGAAUGUAUCAUUAGUGUUAUUUUGCACUCCAGAAGUAUUGCGGGGGAACAAAUGAGCAUUUUUUAGGUAAAUAGGAUCACUGGUCAUCUUCAUCUCGAAUACUGUAGUUAGGCUUUUCUUAGACUGACGAAGAUGGUUCAAUGCUAUCAUUGAAAACAUGUGAUUCUUUGUGUGUAUGAACAUAGUAGGUUAAUAUAUCCCUAAUUAGAAGGCUAUUUCUAUGUAGGAAAAAUUAAGACCAAAAUUACAUGAUAAAAUAAUUUUAAUUAACUGAAUACCAAAAAAGUCAUGACAUUUGUUAAAGAUUAACCUACUCAUUUUACUCUUCCAAACGGAAAACCAUUACUUUCCUUCGUGAACAUUGUGAUACAAACAAAAAUCAGGCAUUAGUUACAUUUUAUAUUUUUGUCACGGUUCCUAACAUGAAAGACCGAGUUGUUCUCGACGCCCGACUGCACAGAGAGGAAGGACCCCCCGGCCCAUGGCUGGGAUUGGACAUGGUGAGGCUCUAAGUUAUGGGAAGCAGUAGAGACUCUGGUUGGCCUUUGUUAACAGAGAAUAAUGCUGUAUGACAACUGAUCUUGGUAAGACUGCCGCAAAGAUGCACCAACCAAUCCGUGAGGUGUGGGAGUGAGGGUUGCUCCUUCAGAACUUUUAACAACAUGCGUUUAAUAAUCCAGUUUCAGGACAUUAAUAGAGACAAAAUUUAUGAGAUUUUGAGAGAUCUCCCCCUCACACUGUGAGACCCUAAAUUGUUGAUUAGCAUAUUCUUAAAUCCGGUCCUGGACCACCCGCUAAUGGGUUUUCCUCAGUGUAGGAAAUUGUAGGAGGGUCCAGACAACUCAUCUGAGAUAGUCACACGCUGCUUAUUAAUUUUAGAGUAUUUUCAUCUUCAACUAAGAAGGUGUAGACACGUUGUCAUCAGAGAUUAUCACUCGUCUUUUGUUUUGGAUUAUAUGGAAAUCUUAACGUUUAGGUUCUUAUAACAUGGAGAUUAUACUAUAGGAGGAAGAAAACUCACCAUCUCCACAUGUUACAGCAAAUGAAAUGGCGAGAGCUUCCCAGCAGCAGGUCUUGAGUUUAUUAUUAAUUAAACUCAAGCAAAAGCCUUCUAGCAUGUCGUGACACCUCUUCAAUUAUCUAGCAGCUGUGCUAUAUUUAGUUUCUUUUCGCAAUCAAGAGGAGCAAUAGUCACCAAACAUGCAAGAACACAAAAAAAAAAUUAUGUGAAGAUUACAGAUAAUGCUCAUUCCUGAGGUCCAGACGUAUGAAUAUAACAAACCUCUAAACGUGUUUGUGGCUUUUGUAGAAAUGAACAAUUUACCCACCAAAAGUUUUACAAAUCCAAUUCUACGUUCUUAAUUUUUUUUUAUAUAAUAUCAAUGAAGCGAUGUGAGUGGAGGAAUUUGUUUUCCGAAGUGCAAGGUAAUUAUAGAUAAUGAUAGUCCUUUUGGGGGAAUAGCAAGAGUUAUCUUAACAUAUCUGCUAAUAAGCUUAAAAUCGAUUCGGGAAGGUUGUGAUAGUGGAGAAAAGUAGAACGCAUUACUAUCCUAUCAUUCGUGUACUAUCAUUUCAAUUAUAUCACUCUUCUGUAAUUAUGUGUAUGUUAUAU